AUGGGGGACGACAAAAAGAUUACAGGUUAUGUUUCUAAGGUGCAUAUUGUUCAUCUCAUGAAAGGUUGUGGUGAAACCAUAACUAAUAAGAUGAUAGUUAAUAAGGUAAUAUGUACGUUAACCUCUCACUUUGGUCACAUUAUCGUUGUUAUUCAAGAAUCCAGCAAUCUUGAAACACUGAAGUUGGAAGAUUUGACUGGUUGUCCAAACCACAUGGCUGGUCGAAGAGAGUGGUUAGCAGACUUCGGCGAAUCGAAGAAGAGCAAGAUAAAACUUGCAGAUAAUAGCUCGUUGCAAGUAGAAGGUACAUGCGACAUAGUUAUUCAAGGGAGCAAUAAUGGAAAAGCUAUGAUCAAAGAUAUACUCUAUGUACCUGGAAUGCAGUGCAAUUUGCUUAGUGUUGGACAACUGGUCGAAAAAGGUUUCUCAGUCGUGAUGAAAAAUUGA